GGUGUCGCCGCUCGAAGGUUAAUCGGAUACUGCAGACUCAGAAAUUGAGAGAGAGAGAGAGAGAGAGUGUGUGUGUGUGUCCAUGUUCAAGGUAUGAUAGAAAAGUGUUGAUUGAAGGGUAGAAUGAUAGAAGAAGGGUGUGGAUGUUGAUAGGUCAGGGCUAUAGUCAGUCGAUGACGAAGGACGAGUGAAGUGGUAAGACCCACCAAAACUACCAACAACCCACACCACUCCACACCACCCAAGAGCAUAUCAGCCACCUCUCCUUCUUCCUCAUCACUCCCAACUCACAAUCAAACACCUUCCCUUCGACUACAACCUCAUCACCCAAUGGCCGAACAACGGCCAAUCUCAUUCUGCGAACAUGUCCAACUCACUGCCCUCGGCGUCCAGCCAGCCUCCAUCGGCUUCAACACGCUUACCAUGGAAUCGGAACGUUAUGUGUGUGUUCGUGAAGAAGUCAAUGGCGCAAAACAAGUGAUCAUUAUCGAUCUCUCAGAUGCUAAUAAUGUCAUGCGAAGACCGAUCAGCGCCGAAAGCGCAAUCAUGCAUCCAGUCCAAAAGGUUAUUGCCCUCAGAGCUCAGAGGCAACUACAGGUCUUCAACAUCGAGCUCAAACAAAAAGUCAAGUCACACGCAAUGAAUGAGGAUGUUUCGUUUUGGAAGUGGAUCAAUGACUCAACUCUGGGCAUCGUCACCGAGACUGCAGUUUACCACUGGGCUGCACUCGACCCAACAAGUCCUCCGGUCAAAGUCUUCGAUCGAAACGCGAAUCUAGCAGGCCAUCAAAUCAUCAACUACCGCGCCUCCCCAGAUGAGAAAUGGAUGGUCCUCGUCGGCAUCACCGGGAACCCUAGCAACCCCAGCGCUUUCAAGGUCAAAGGUAGCAUGCAACUCUACAACAAGGAUCGUGCCGUCAGCCAAUCGAUCGAAGGCCAUGCUGCCAGCUUUGCUGAUUAUCGCUUAGAGGGGGCUGCCAGCGAUAGCAAACUAUUUGCCUUUGCUGUUCGGACCGCAGCCGGUGCCAAACUUCACAUUGUUGAAAUAGAUCAUCAAGCUGGUCAGCCGGUUUUCGCUAAGAAAGCGGUCGAUGUCUUCUUCCCGCCUGAGGCCACCAACGAUUUCCCUGUGGCGAUGCAGGUCUCAAAGAAGCACAAGAUCAUCUACAUGGUCACCAAGUACGGAUUUAUUCAUCUCUAUGAUGUCGAGACGGCCGCAUGUAUCUACAUGAACCGAAUCUCUGGCGAGACUAUCUUUGUAACUGCCGAACAUGAGACGAGUUCGGGUAUCAUCGGAGUCAAUCGAAAAGGACAAGUACUCUCGGUAACCGUCGAUGAAGAAACUAUCGUACCUUUCAUUCUCAACACGCUCAAGAACCCCGAGCUAGCCAUCAAGCUGGCCUCCAGGGCUGACCUUCCCGGAGCCGAUGAUAUCUACAUUCAACAGUUCCAACAACUUUUCUCGUCUGGUCAGUUUUCCGAGGCAGCUAAAGUUGCCGCCAAUUCUCCACGCGGAAUCCUGAGAACUCCACAGACGAUCGAGCAAUUCAAAGGCGUUCCCAUGCAACCAGGUCAACUCAGUCCGAUCUUACAGUACUUCGGGAUCCUCUUGGAAAGGGGAAAACUGAACCAGACCGAGAGUUUGGAGCUUGCUCGUCCGGUGCUUGUUCAAGGUCGCAAACAACUCCUAGAAAAAUGGCUCAAAGAAGACAAGUUGGACUGCAGUGAGGAAUUAGGUGACAUCGUUCGAGCACACGAUAUGACUCUGGCUCUUAGUGUCUACCUUCGUGCCAACAUUCCUAAUAAGGUCUGCGCAUGUUUUGCCGAGACAGGGCAAUCCAAUAAAAUCGUGGUAUACGCCAAGAGGGUCGGCUUUACUCCCGAUUACGCCUCGCUCCUACAACAUAUCACACGCUUGAACCCUGAUAGUGGAGCGGAAUUUGCAACCUCCUUGAUCAACGACGAAUCUGGUCCUCUGGUGGAUGUCGAGCGAGUUGUCGAUAUCUUCAUGGCCCAGAACAUGAUCCAACAAGCCACCAGUUUCCUCUUGGAUGCCUUAAAAGAAAACCGACCCGAGCAGGGCUAUCUGCAGACCAAACUUCUGGAGAUGAACCUUCUAAAUGCACCUCAAGUUGCCGAUGCCAUCUUGGGUAAUGAGAUGUUUUCACAUUAUGAUCGUCCAAGCAUUGCCAAUCUCUGUGAAAAGGCUGGAUUGUUACAGCGCGCGCUGGAGCACUACGAAGACAUCUCUGAUAUUAAGCGCGUGCUGGUUCACACCAACCUUCUCAAUCCUGAUUGGCUUGUGAACUACUUUGGAAAAUUGACUGUCGAUCAAACAGUCGAUUGUUUCUGUGAAAUGCUCAAGGUCAACAUCCGCCAGAACCUACAGAUCGUAGUCCAAGGCGCCACCAAAUACUCUGAUCUCGUAGGACCGGUGAGACUUAUCGAAAUGUUUGAAUCUUUCAAGACGUUCGAGGGACUUUACUACUACCUUGGCUCGAUCGUCAACCUUAGUACAGACCCCGAGGUGCAUUUCAAGUACAUCCAGGCAGCCACCAGGACAGGUCAAAUCAGAGAAGUCGAACGAAUCUGUCGAGAAUCGAAUUACUAUCCUCCUGAAAAGGUCAAAAACUUCUUGAAAGAAGCCAAGUUAACGGAUCAAUUACCUUUGAUCAUCGUCUGCGACCGAUUUGACUUUGUCCACGACCUAGUUCUCUUCCUUUACCAAAAUGGCUUGACCAGCUUUAUCGAGGUUUACGUUCAGAAAGUCAACUCUCAAAGGGCACCCCAGGUCAUUGGAGGGCUGCUGGACGUUGAUGCGGACGAAAUGAUGAUAAAAAACUUGUUGGCAUCCGUCACCGGCCCGAUUCCUGUAGACGAACUAGUCGAAGAAGUCGAAAAACGAAAUCGAUUGAAAUUGAUCUUACCCUGGCUCGAAGCACGAAUUGCAAUGGGAAUCACUGAUGUCGGCCUGUACAACGCCAUGGCUAAGAUUUUGAUUGAUAGUAACCAAAACCCUGAAGCAUUCUUGAAAGAAAACACCAUCUAUGAUCCCCUCACCAUCGGUAAAUAUUGCGAGAAGCGAGACCCUACUUUGGCCUACAUCGCAUAUGCCCGAGGAUUUUGCGAUGAGGAUCUGGUUCGGAUCACGAAUGAAAACUCGAUGUUCAAGCAGCAAGCCCGUUACCUUGUCAAGCGUCGACAGCUCGAGUUGUGGGCCCAAGUCUUGCAGCCCGAUAACAUGCAUCGUCGACAAUUGGUCGAUCAAGUGGUAUCUACUGCUGUGCCAGAAAGCCAAAAUCCUGAGGAUGUCUCGGUCACCGUCAAGGCAUUCCUAGCUGCCGAUUUACCGAUCGAACUGAUCGAGCUGCUGGAGAAGAUCGUUCUAGAGCCAUCGGCAUUCAGCGACAAUGCGAAUCUGAAGAAGCUGCUACUCUUAACCGCCAUCCGAUCUGAGAAGGGUAAAGUCAUGGGCUACAUCGAUAAGUUAGAAGGUAUUGAUGUUAGCGAGAUCGCUGGAAUUGCGAUCGAGCAUGAGUUGUUUGAGGAAGCUUUUACCCUUUUCCGCAAACACAAGAUGCACUUGGAGGCUAUGAAUGUGCUGGUCGAGCAUGUUGUGAGUAUCGAUCGAGCAGCCCAAUACGCCACAAAAGUCAAUGAGCCUGCCGUAUGGAGUCGGUUGGGUAAGGCGCAACUAGACGGUUUGAGGAUCAAGGAUGCGAUCGACUCCUACAUCAAGGCUGAGGAUCCGACCAACUAUUUGGAGCUCAUUGAAACCGCCGACCGAGCAGGUAAACAUGAUGAUAUGGUCCGAUACUUGCAAAUGGCCAGAAAGACGCUCCGGGAACCCAAAAUCGAUACCGAACUUUGUGUUGCUUAUGCCAAGACCGACAGACUGCACGACAUGGAAGAGUUCCUUUCGAUGUCCAAUGUGGCUGAUCAACUGAGUGCAGGAGAGCAGGUAUUUGAGGCCGGCCUGUACGAGGCCGCUCGGUUGCUCUUCUCGGCGAUCUCGAACUGGGCCCGGCUGGCUACCACUUUGAUUUACCUUGGCGACAAUCAAGCUGCCGUCGAUUGUGCCCGUAAGGCUGGGAACACGCAAGUCUGGAAACAAGUCAAUUCGGCUUGUGUCGAUAAGAAGGAGUUCAGACUUGCUCAGGUCUGUGGAUUGAACUUGGUCGUACACGCUGAAGAACUACAAUCCUUGGUCAAACUCUACGAGACUAGAGGCUAUUUUGAGGAGUUGAUGCAACUCCUAGAAGCUGGUUUGGGACUCGAACGUGCUCACAUGGGAAUGUUCACAGAACUCUCAAUCUUGUAUGCGAAGCAUAAGCCAUCCAAGUUAAUGGAACAUUUGAAGCUAUUUUGGUCGAGGAUCAACAUCCCCAAAGUGAUCCGGGCCACCGAGCAAGCCCAUCUCUGGCCCGAACUGGUGUUCUUAUACAUUCAUUAUGAUGAGUUUGAUAACGCGGUCUUGGCUAUGAUGGAACGAUCAGCGGAUGCUUGGGAUCAUGGUCAAUUCAAAGACAUCAUUGUCAAAGUGGCCAAUGUUGAGUUGUAUUAUAAAGCGCUAUCGUUUUAUUUGCAAGAACAACCUACGCUCUUGACGGAUCUGUUGACGGUUCUAGUUCCACGAAUCGAUCACACCAGAGUAGUGAAGAUGUUCCAAAAGACGGACAAUCUGCCGUUGAUCAAGCCGUACCUGAUUGCCGUCCAACAUCUGGACCUACCUGCGAUCAACGAAGCCUACCACGACUUAUUGAUCGAAGAAGAAGAUUAUGCGACGCUUCGAGACUCGUUGUCGAACCAUGAAAACUUCGACCAAGUCAGUCUUGCCAAACGGCUCGAGAAUCACGAGCUGCUCGAGUUCAGACGUUUGGCUGCAUUGCUCUAUGCCAAGAAUGCCAAGUUCGAAGAGUCGAUCAGCUUGAGCAAGAAAGAUCAACUCUUCAAGGACGCUAUGAUCACCGCCGCUAGCUCCGCUUCUAAUGAGAUCGUGGAGGAAUUGCUCGAGUAUUUCGUCAAGGUCGGCAACAAGGAAUGCUUUGCCGCGUGUCUUUACAUCUGUUACGACCUCAUUCGUCCCGACGUGGUUGAAGACUUACAGUGGAGAUAUGCACUUAACGAUUACACUAUGCCUUAUCGAUUACAACAGAUGAGGGAACAGACUAAUCGGAUCGAGCAGAUCGAACGCCAAUUAAAAGAGCUAAGUCUGAGAUCAGCGAAAGCGGUAGAAGAGACUGAAUCGAAGCCGAUCAUUGGGCCAGGCUUUGGAGGCAGAUUGAUGCUCACCCAAGGCCCGUCCAACGGGAUGAUGGGCGGCCAACCCACCGGCGCUCCGUCCGGAUACGGCGGCACCGGCGGAAUGAUGGGCGGAAUGCAGGCCCAACCCACGGGCAUGAUGGGACAGCAAUUCACAGGGAUGCCUGGGAUGAUGGGCUUUUAAGGAAUCCAUCGAUCAUUUAUCCAAUUUCACUGAUUUCUAUCACUGGUCUUAUGUGGUCUUCAUGGUUUCAUUUCGUCUACCUCAUCUUUAUGAAAUUCUUAUCUAGAGCUUAUGCGACAAAAAUUAACCCCUAUAGUAACUCAUGAGAGCUCUUGUUCCUUUUUAGAUAUAUAUCUCACUUCUUUUUAUGUGUUUGUGUGUGUUGAUGGUCUCUUCUUUCUUUCUUUCUUUCUCUCUCUCUCUCUAUAUAUAUAUAUAUACAUACAUUUACAAGUUAUGAUCCUAUACGGUUUCCAUUUUUUUUUAUCAUUUGUUUUCUCCUUUCUUUGGUUGGAUAAAUAUACAUAUUUAGAGAGAAACAGAAUAGGGAUUCAGAUUCACUCAAAAAGAACCAAGACUAUCAAUACCCCAGUCUGGUUUCCCUUUA